AUGGGCUCUUUUGGCUGUAGAAAUAUCAUCGUCGUUGGUGCUGGCGUAAUUGGGUUAUCGGCUGCUUAUGAGCUAUCAAAGCAAGGGUAUAAAGUCUUUAUCAUAUCAAAGCAUGUACCAGAUGAAGAACCAUACUCUUAUGAAUAUACCUCAGCUUGGGCCGGGGCCCACUUUAGACCCUUUCCUUCACAUUCGGACCAAGAUAUUGUUGAAAUGAAAUUGACCAGAAAAACAUAUCAGCAUUUUAAAGUGAUCUCAAAAGAAUUUCCUGAAGCCUCAAUUAAAUUUGUGAAGGGGAUCGAUUAUCUCGAAGAACCAUCUCUUGAGUAUGUGUCUGGCAAAAAUGUUGGAUACAAUGCUUCUAAUAUACCAGACUUUAAGAAUCUAUCUGCUGAGGAAAUUCCCUUUGAUAAUUUGAAAUUUGGAGCUGAAUAUAAAACAUGGGUAUUAAACGCCCCUCAUUUUGUCAAGUUUUUAUUUAAUCGUCUCAAGAAUUUUUACGGUGUUGAAUUCGUUAAAAUGGAUGCUAUUUCGAUUAAACAAGUGUUUGAAGCAGCAUCGUCAUGUUUUGGUGAUGCCACUGAAAUACUAGGUGUUGUUAACUGCACUGGAAGGGGAUUGAGAUACUUAGGUGGAUAUGAUCCUGAUGUCUAUGCGAUAAGAGGUCAAACAUUAUUGGUCACUAGACCAACUUGUUCAUUUGCACAAACCAAUCCUUUCUAUAACAAAACUGUCACUAUUCAACAAAAGGACGGUUCAUGGAUAUUUGUCAUAGAAAGACCAAUUGAUGGAGGUUUUAUCAUUGGCGGAACCAAACAAGUAAAUGAUCUAUGUCCCUUUCCCAGAGAGUCAGAUACUAAGGGUUUAAUUGAAAGAGCUAAACCAUAUUUCAGUGAAUUGCUUCAUGAAGAUGGAGAGUUCAAUAUUUUGAAAGUCAAUGUUGGUUUUAGACCUGCCAGAAAAGGUGGUUUUAAAUUGACUAAAGUAUUGAUAAAAGAGCAAGGCAAUAAGUUUUUAAUCGAUGCCUAUGGAGCAGGAGGCAUGGGGUAUGAACUUUCUUUUGGCGCAGCAGAAAAAAUUGUUAAAAUGGUCAACGACAAGUUUGCUUAUAUUUCUGCUAAAUUGUAA